AUGGAUUUUAUACGAACAUUUUUUCAAACACAACAUCACCCAAUUUCCGAGCUUCUUCUUCUAUGGGCUAAUCGAUCAAGUUUUAUCGAUAGCACAGCAAAAGAUUUAGAUCAGGUUUCUCCAUUUCAAUUUCCAGCUUUGGAUAAGACAAAAAUCUUUGCAAUUGAUAUGAAUUUGAUUUCAGGACAGACGAUUUCAGAUAGUUUGGCUUCAUUAAAAGAUAAAACCGAAUGGAAUCCAGAUUCGGAAACUAUAUAUUUGAAUUUUUUGAAGUCUCAAACAAAACAAUCGCAGUAUUUCAUUGUAGUAUCAUUACUCAACAUCAUAUGCUUUCUUAUUCAUACAGAAUUACCGGCAAAUUUUGAAACAUUUGAUUUAAUUCUCAGUACUUUAAUCGAAAUACACGUUACAGAUUACGAAAACCACAUUAAAAUCAUAUUUAAAGAACUUUAUGCGAGAGUAUCAAAAGAAAAUACCUCUUUUUGGCCACACGAUUCAAUAAUUCUUCUUAUUAAAUUUAUUGGAAUUCAUACAGCAUCAAUGUUUAACGAGGAAACAAUCUUUAGUGACCUUUCAUACCAUUUACCAGAUACUUUUAAUAAUACGACAUCAAAAUCAAUAAUUGACGAACUAUUAUUACUGAUAAAGAACAUACAGAUAUCAAACGAAAGAAUAUUUACAAGUCCAAAGCUCGUGAGAGCAAUAGAAACCUGCGUUUCCAAAAUUUAUCUGCCAGCUUUAGAAAUAUUAACUCAUUUAUCUAAAAAUCUUCCGGAAAAUGGACAAAUUGAUCAAUUCAUUGCACUCCCUGCCAUUGUCUGCAACUACUCACGCAAUUUUAAACAAAAAUUCGAUACUAAUUUUGAAAUAAAACAAUAUCCAAAGCUAAAGAACCCAACAGACUACGAUUAUUACAAAGGAAAGAGCGAAUACUUUGUUAAUGGCUUUACUUUUAGAAAAACAAAGACUUUAAUCGAUGUAGAACCAUUAUUAAAUUUAAUUGACGAUCAAUUAGCGACAACACUUAUAGAUAUGAUCGGAUUAAUCGAAGAUGUCAAUAAGAACUGCAUAAAAAUCUUUCUCGACGCAUUUUCAACUUUAAUUAAAAAUCAAAAAUCUCAUGACGGAUUUUUGAACUAUUAUAUAUGCUUUUUAUACUGCGUGUCACAUCUAUCACGUAUUAUUUCAAUCAAUGAUUACACAUCUGCCAUGUUUCAUCCAAUAAUCUUUGAACAAACAAUAACAAUUUUUAAUGAAAUUCCAGAUUUCGUUGAUACAAUUCGUUGUCACGUUUUUGAAGUAAUGUUAACAGUAGAUCCACAAAAAAUCGUUAAUAUAAUGACAAACAAAGUCAAUGGUGAAUUAUUCGUUGCUGAAUGUUUAUGUAGAAUCAUGUCUCAUGUUCCUCAAAUUGAUUUGAAUUUUUUCACGGAGAAUUCCAUUUUAAGAGCGAUUUCUUCAAAUUUGAGGUCGACACAGUUCUUAAGACGCGAGUAUCCUGAUUUAUUUAUUGAUCCUUUGAUGUCUUAUCUUUGUUUCAUUUCGAAAUUGUUGUCAGAAAAAGAAUUUGCAACAAUUUGUUUUACAAACACUCAUUUUUCAAGAAUUUUGUUCGGAUUGAUAUAUGAUGAAGACAUUUCCGAACGUGUUAUAACUUGUUUGACUGAUUACUUGAUAUAUUCCAAUGAAAUAACAUCAACUUAUUUCGUUGGUUCUGUUUUUGAGAAAAUUCCGAAAAAUUUGGGUGAAUUUUUCGUGAAAAUGAUCAAAAGAUCUGUUGAAAGCAAUCCUUCGAUUUCUUUCAUUGUCGAUGAUUGGAUUGACUCGAUGUUGGACUUUACUAUUACUAACCAUUCCCAGAAAGCUCUUCUCAACACUAUAAACGUGAUUUUGUUCGUUGUUAGACAUCUUGGAAAUGAUUAUAAAUUUUCAAGUUUAAGGUUAAGUAAAAUGAUCACUUCUAUCAACGAAAACGAAGGAAAUGAGCCAACAGAACAAACACUGAGUCUUCUUUGGAGUAUCGCUAGUCAAACAAAAUCAAUUAUACCUGAUUCGAUGUUUUUGAUCAAAAUUCCUUCAAUUUUAGUUCCAAUUUUCGCAAUUUGCCACAAAAGUCAAACAAAACAGAUGCAGUUUUUAGAGAAAAUCAAGGAAUUAUGUAUGAGUUCUCCUUCGAAUUGUGUUUCAUGUCAUGUUGGACAAUUUGAUUUGGCUUUAAUCGAUUUCUUGACGAAAGGUGAAAUAAAUUACAGAGGAAUCGUGUUUAAACCAGAAUUAAUUACAGAUAAUGAUAUAGAAAACACAGUUCUUCCUUUGUUGUUCGCAAUCAUUCAAGAGAAAUCAUCAAAUUGCGAAAUUUCAAAAAUUAUUGACAAAAUUGUAAAAAGUGACAUCAGAUUGGCAGAAUUUUUAACGAAAUAUCUGUCACAGUCCAUCAAUAUAAUGAAGCCAACAUUUAAUCUAUGUGAUAAGCAACAGACAAUCAAAUUCUCUGGUUUCGAUCCUCAAAAAUUGAAUGAUUCAUUUUCUGUCACUUUUUAUUUGAAGUUUGAUCAACAAAUUUCAUCUCUUUUACCAACAAUUAACAUAUUUUCAUUGAAUAGCAAAACCACACAGAUUUCUCUAAUAUUAAAUCAUGCAAGUUUGUUCUUUAGUUGCACAUCAAAUGUGAAAUAUUCUUAUCAAUGUUCCAGUGCUUUGAGUCCAAAUAAAUGGGUUUUUGUGACAUUUGCCGCCAAAAGAAUUACACCAAACAAGAUGGCUUGGGGAUUAUAUACUAAUACUACUUCAUCAAUGAUGUCUGAAUCAAUUAAUACAUUAAGUUUUGAUGCAGAAACUGUUUGUGAAUUUGGACAAAUUUGUGAAUUAAAUCCAGGAUUGAUUGGAAGAUUUGCAAUGACAUAUAAAGUUCUCAGCUUAGAUGAUAUAAUAUACUUGAUGAGUGACGGUGAAUCAUUUAAGAAUGAUCAGUUUAUUUUCACUCAUUUCGAUACAAAUGUCAAUUUAUUUGACAACGACAAAUCAUUUGAUAAAACUCUUGGAAGAAAUGGAAACUUACAAAAAUUAUUCAGUAGAUUUGAUUUGUUGGAUGAAAAGAUUGGUGAUUUGGCAAUUGGAAUUGUUAAAUUGACUUUCUCUGCUUCUUUAGAAAGCCAAAAGAAUUUUGCUUCUUUCAUUUACACGGCAGGAAGUUUGGAAACAAUUGACAGCAAGAGAUUGACUUAUCAGUUGUAUUUGGCUUUUUAUUCGAUUGGAGAUGUGAUUUCUGAUGAUCAUUUGAUGGAAGAUUUCCUCGAUUUGAUUGUAUUGAAUACAAACAUUUGGGGACGUGCGAAUCCAUCUACAUUGAUGAGAAUCUGCAAUCACUGGUCACAUACAGUUUUAGAACAAUAUUCAGUUCUUUUCCAGAGAAGUGGAAUGUUCCAGAGAUUGAUCAAAUCAUUUAGAAUAUUGUUCAUUAAUUACGGAGAAGAAUUUGAAAUGAAUAUAAUGGCAAGUUCUCCAGCACAAAACAAAGAUGAAAGUAUAUUAACAACUCCUAAUAAAGACGACACAUCAUCUCCUUUAAUCAACAGUGAAAGUCCUUCUCUUCUUUCUCAAAUGAACAACGAAAAUGAUUCUCCUCUUUCUAAGAAUCAAAAUGAAAGUGAUAGUCUAAUUUCUGAUGAGAAAAGUGAAGAAAAUUAUCAAAAUCUUAAUAAAGAAACCAAAGAAAAUGAAGAUCCUAGAAUAGAUCAAAAUGAUUCUUUAGAACCUAAAGUGAAUGAAGUUUCAGAAACAACUUCUCAAGAUCAAAUGAAACAAAAGGAAAAUUCGGAUAUAAAUGAUGAAGAAAUUUCUUCUCCAAAACAAAAUGAAAUUUAUUCUCCUGAUCAUAAUAAUGAAUUAUCAACUCCAAGUAAAGGAGUAAAUAUAUCUCCAAUGCAGAGUUCUAAUGAAUCUCCACAAAGAAAUGAAGAAUUAUUCCAAGAAAUUUCAUCAGAUAAUGAAUCAUCAUCAGAAGAAAACGAUGGAGAAGAAAAGCCUCAAAAAGAAAGAAGAAGAACAAAGAGAAGACAGACAUUUUCUUCUUAUGAUGAAUUACCAAAAGACAGUUCAUUGUUGACACCUCAAAAGAGAGAAAAAAUCACAAGAAUUGGAAGAAUCAGUUCUACAAACAUAAAAAUAGAUUCUCCAAUCAAAAUUUCCGAAAGUUACGAAAGACUUGAUGAAGACAUUUCCAGAGCAAGAGUUUCUUAUUCAAAGAUAUUAAUGAACACACCAAUAACUGCUAAAGUUGAAGCCGAAUUCCUUCUUUCUUUAGCAUCAUUCAACAACCCAGCAUUGAAAGAAGUUUUGAAGAUAAUAACUGUUCAUGCGAAAGAAAUUGCAUCAUUUGAUGUUUCUAAACCAAAAGUUCCUGACUUUUUGCUGCCAAUUAUUAAUGAAUCGAAUGACAUUGAGAUAAUAACAAACGCUGUUAUCGCAAUGGCUUUCUUGAAACCUUCAGACAUUUCUCUUUUAAUUGCAGCAAAAAUGAUUUCAACAAAAACUGUUGCAACAGAUAUUUUGAACAAUUUAUUGACAAAGUUACCGAAUAUUCCAGGAAUUGCGGAGUUCUUGAGUUCAUUGUGUCUUUCUUUAGCACCAGACAAAGUCAAAGAAGAUGAAACAGAAUUGACACAAACAGACGAAAUAGAAAUCCAAAGAAAAGUAACAAUGACAGAGAAAAUUAAGAAUAGUUUGAGAAUAGGAAGAAGUCGUAAAGUCUCUGAUAUCACAGGUACAUCACCAAGAAGAUUCUCUUUCCUUUCAUCAGGAAACACAACGAAUACGAAUCAAUUUGCUAAUCUAUUUUCUGCUUCUUACAGAAUUAUGACAUCUAAUGAAGAUGUCAACUUUCUUCUGCAAUCAAAAGGUGUUUCAUGGCCAUUCUUACCUUUGGCGAUGCUAACGAGAAUUGCAGAUAAUGUCGCAGGACAAUUAAUCGAAGCUGUUUCUUUUGUCAUCAAAAAAUGUCAAAAUCCAUCAAAAGAAUUAAAUGAUGCAAUAAUUACAAUAAAAAUCUUGGAAUUCAUCACGAAGAAAGAUUUGUCAAGGUUCUGUUGCAAUCUAGUUUUGUUAUGUAAAGACAUUGUCGAUGAUUUCUCAGCGGAUAUGGCUUUGUUCAUCAGAAUUCUCGACAAAAACAUAACUUUGUCAAAUUAUUUCGAUGAUUCUCCUUUCAAAGAAACCAUUGAAAAAGUGACACAAACAAUCAUCAGAAGCAUGAGUGACAUCAAAAUCAAAGACUCUGUGAUGGUAUACAUUGGUUGUUCGUUGACAGAAUCAAGAGAUGUUUAUGAUCAGCUUUGUUAUUUGUGUCAUGACAGAUUCCGCCAAAUUUGCAGAGAAAUCGCAAACGGAGCUGAUCAAAUGACAGAAUUAACAGAUGAAAACAUUGCCCAGUUGAAAGAUAAGGCGUUGACAAAAAUAGCUUCACUUUUGGUUAUUGUUGACGGUUUUUCAUCAAAAAUUACUACACUUUAUGAUGAUAAUUUGUCGAGCAAUGAUAUCCAGAACAAAAAAUUCUCAUGGACAAUAGAAUUCCGUUUACUCCAUAAAGUUCAAGUUGAUUCUUCAAUUUUCAAGAAUUUGAUUCUGAAAAAUUUGCCUCAAAAAGUGACAGAAAAAUGUGAUUCCAAGAAAUAUUUCAUUGGAAAUUGCAUUCCACACAUGAAGAAAUAUAUAAUCAAUCAUGAUAUCGAUCUCAUCAAGUCCAAGAAUGUUUUGUUGCAACAAACAAUUGACAAUCCAACAAUUUCUUCUCCUUGUUUAUUACUUGAAAAAAAUAAAAUGAAAAGUGCUGCUUUUGUCAUUGUUCAUGGCGAAAAUUUAGUAAUACAGAUCGAUGACUAUUACAGGAUUGAUAUACAUUUCUCUAACAUCAUUUUAGUUCUUAGAAGAAGUGAUUUGAUUUUCGAAAUUUUCUCGAGAAAUGAUUCAUUUUUAGUCGAAUUUUCUAAUAACGAAAUUUCGGAUUCAUUCUACGAAAUCUUCCAAAAAUUCACAGAGAAAACAAAAGACAUCGUUUGCCCUGAUAACUUUGAAAAACAUGUCUUUGAUUUAAUCAUUCAAAACUCAUCAAUUCAUUCCGAAGACUUUAGAAUUGAUGGUUUGGAAGUUGAUGAAUUUUCAGGUAAAAAAGAUUUGAAGAAAUCGAUGCUUUUGAGGCAGAAAUAUUCUUCUUCUGAUAAUAUACAGAACUACUUCCCAUCCACUAAGCAAAUCCCUGAGAAUAUAAGAUUCACACCAUUGACAAUGAAAAUUGUUGACGAAAAAGUUUUUUAUUUGGUUGAAAAAACAGUUUCUUCAUUCGAUUUGUUUUCGAGUGAAAUAAACAAAUACAACUUCGAAGAAGAGUCAACAUUCUUCGUAUUCGAUAACCAAAUAUUUAAACGCAAUUACGACGAAAAUCACGUUGUUUUAUUCUCAAAUAACAACGUGAUUUUGUUAGUUGAAGAUGAUACAAAAUUAUCAAUUUUGUACAAAAACUGCAAUAAUCAUUUUAAUGAAGUAAUUAGCCUUCCAGAACGCAUUGUUUGUGCAAGCUAUUGCGGGAGAACAAGUACAAUAUCCAUUGGUUUAAGUUCAUGCCACAUCAUGAUGAUGAGUUCUGAUGGAACAGACAUUUUCAAUGUCAUUCAUUUUGAUGAAGAACCUUUGAACGUUUUUUCAACAGAAGUUUUUAGUUUGCUUUGCGUACAGACUUCUGAGAGAUUCUACGCAUUCGAUUGCAACGGGAACGAGGUUUAUCAAAUGAGUGUUAAGUCAACAUUUGCUAGACCUUUCUCCGUCAAUUCGUGUGACUUCGUAUUGAUAUGCGAACGUGGAAGAAUUUUCUCUGUGAAUUUGAUUGAUCAUAAAAUCAUCGAAAUUGCUCGAGAAAGAGAUGUUAUUGACAUCUCGUUUAACAUUGAUAAGAUGCUUAUUAUUAUUGUUAACAGUUCUGGACUCAUUCACGAAGUUCCUUUCAUUCCUUCACUUGAAUAA